CUCUGCAUGACCAGCAGGUGUGGCGUCGUCAAAUAUCAAACAUGAAAAUCGUCUGAUUCUUUCAAGAAUGGGAUUCCUCGCACUGCUGAAGAAGUUCCGAUCCUCACAGGAAAAGGAGCUGCGGAUUUUGCUUUUGGGGCUUGACAACGCGGGCAAGACGACCCUCCUGAAGAAAUUUGCAUCCGAAGACGUGACCCACAUCACGCCCACGCAGGGCUUCAACAUUAAGUCUGUGCAGGCCGAAGGCUACAAACUGAACGUUUGGGACAUUGGCGGACAGAGGAAAAUUAGACCCUAUUGGCGAAACUACUUUGAAAACACAGACGUGCUUAUUUACGUGAUUGACAGUGCCGAUUUACGUCGUCUAGACGAGACGGCGCAUGAAUUGUCUGAGCUACUGACAGAAGAAAAGUUGUCCGGGGUGCCGUUGCUCAUCUAUGCCAACAAACAAGACUUAGACUACGCGGCCUCAGCAUCUAACAUCGCUGAAGACCUGUCGCUGCACACCAUCAAGGACAGGGCGUGGCAGAUCCAGCCAUGCUCAGCCACCUCCGGAGAGGGCGUCAAGGAUGGCAUGGAGUGGGUGUGCACAAACAUCAACCAAAAGAAGAAUUAAUGAAAUGAGCAAGAUGAAAUCCUAUUUUGAGUUUUAUGUGAAAUUGUGUUGUUGCAAAAUAAAAGUAAAAAAGUUUCCACCAUAGAAGCAAUAAA